GAAAUAUACUGUAGGCUAGAAUCAGCUUAUCGUUAAUGGGUUGAAAGCACUUUGGGGAUUUCAUUACUGUAGUGUUACCCGUUGCAUGAAUUAUAGUUUAGUUUCGAAUGCAAGUUUUUUUUUUUUUUCUUUUUUUUUAAAAUGGCCUCUGAAUGGAUUUUCAGGAUGGAUUCAAAACCAAGUCGGAUUCCCCAAAGAUCGUCAUUUGGGAAACCUAGCUCAUUGUCGCCAUCUUCCUCAAUGUCAUCUUCCUCAUCUUUAUCGUCGACGUACUCCCCUCUUCGGACCAGCGGGCUCUACUCUGGUAGAGGGAGUGUCUUAAGCAAUGACUGUUACACAAGGGGUACCUCUGUGAAAUUGGAUUCAGAUUAUCAGGGCUCCAGGUUUCACAGUACUGUCAGAGACCACAGUAUUCCAGAAAGUCGUCAUUCAAGCUGGAAACUUUCGUCUCCAUCUUCGACUCUUUCUUCUGGAUCAUGGUCUGACACCUCUGUUGGAACCAGAAGUAAACUGGGUGAAUCUGAAAGACGUCAGGGAUCAUACUAUGGCCUUAUGAAUGCAACCCAGGAUAGUGAAUCCAAAAGACCUAAGCUUUCCUAUACAAGCAGUUCAUCAUAUUCAAGAAGUUCAUCUACCUCUGGGAUUGGCAGCAGCUACUCUGGACUAAAUGGCAUUUCAGAUUCGUCAUGGAGGUACAACUCAGGUUCAAGGUCUUCCUAUUCAACCACAGAAUUAAUACGUUCAAGAAGAGAACUGGACAAAAGAGCAGACCCAAGUCUUUCCAGCUUUGGAGAACAUAGCCACAGGAGUAGUGGUUUGUUAUCCUCACCAGCCUCAUCAUAUCUUCGUGACAGAGUGGCUUCCUCUUAUGCCCAAGGAGCAAGGCCAAAGGAGAGUACGUUUACGUCUAUGAGGGUAAAUGGUUCAUCCGUGAAUGACCGUUUGCCAUCAGAAUACAAGUCGUCUUUGUUCAGCAGAGAUUCAAGCAGAAGCUCUGCCAGGUCUGCUAGUUCAGUUUCCUUUAGGGAUAUGGACUCCCCACAAAGAACAAUGGCAUCAGAAGCCCGGAACACCCGUGCAAGAUCUUGCGCUUUUUAUGUGCCAAAGCCAGAAAGAAAUGCAUCUUCAUCAACCCCCCCACCACCACCUCCUCCUCCACCCCCACAAAGGCAACUCAGUGAAUCUGGGGAUUCGGAAGGCCGAUUGACAACAAGACAAUUAUUGUCCCGUUUAGCUUCCAGUAUGUCGACUACCUUCUUCUCAAGAAGGUCAAGCCAGGACUCCUCUAGUUCAAGCUCCAGGUCUUUUGAAGCACCAUUGGAAGAUUAUGUUCCAAGGGGUGAAAAUUCUUCCCAAAGCAGUGACAGCAGAAACAGUAGUCCUGAUGGUUCAGAAAGAAGAGCUUCUGAUUCCUCUCAGGUGUUUCCAUUUCUUAGACGCAGAAGGCAGGGUUUAUCACUGGUAGUAGAAACCCACAGUUCAGAUUCAGACCCUGAAACUUCAAGAUCAACUGGAUCUGAAAGCAGAAGCUCAAGUUCAUGGUUGUCGUCUUCAUUUAGAAACAGGUGCACGCCGCUUUUUUCACGAAGGAGGAGGGAAGGAAGAGAUGAGUCUGCACGAAUGGCUGCCGGAUCUGAUGAAACACAAGGGAGCACUCUUUAUCCAUUGAGAAGGUAUUCUUUUGAAACUGCUGGAGAGCAAGAACGUGAAUCUCAAGGGGCUGCAGCAGCUACUCCAGCUUCUCCUGCAUCAAACAUGCCUUUGCAAGAUGUGUCCCAAGCUCAACGAAACCCAACUCCCAACUCUUUGUUUCGUCUUGCCAUGCCAGCUAGCCUUGACAGCACCCUGCCUGAUGAUGCAAUAUUCACUGUAGACCUCAUGGCUGCAGGUAGAUCUGAGCCUGAUGGACAGUCUCAAGAAAAUGACAAACCUGCACCCUCCAGGGAUCCGGAGAAACUGAAGAAAAUCCAAGAGAGCCUCCUUUUAGAGUCAUCUGAUGAAGAGGAGGGAGACUUGUGCAGAAUUUGCCAGAUGGGAGAAGGAUCACCUUCAAACCCUUUGAUAGAACCUUGCAAGUGCACUGGCAGCUUACAAUACGUUCAUCAGGAGUGUAUGAAGAAGUGGUUGCAGUCUAAAAUCAACUCUGGUUCUAACUUGGAAGCUAUAACUACAUGUGAGCUAUGUAAACAGGAGCUUCAUCUUCACAUUGAAAACUUUGAUAUUGAUGAACUAUAUAGAACACGCUCAAAUGAACGGGCAGAGUAUGAGUUUAUCAGCUGUGGUCUCUACCUCGUUGUCUUGCUGCAUUUGUGUGAGCAACGAUUUUCUGACAUGUUGGGAGCUGCCAGUGAGGCAAGUGCUCAUGCUGGGUUCAUCAGCCUUGCAAGAACCCUUCAUGCGCACAUGGAUGAUCUUGAAAGUUCUUACGAGGAAUCUGAAGAAGAAGUUGAAAAUGACGGUAGACCAUCGUUUGAUUUUGAGGAUGAGGAAGAUGCAUAUUAAGUUUGAGAGCAUUGAUAGGACAGUUUAGCAUAGGACUGUGUUGUACAUUUAUAUCAACUUUGUUAAAAUUGAUCAUUAUCAUUGUGGUUUUGAAAAUGGCAACAGUCCUGAAGAACAAAUACACAUAAAUGUCAAAUAAAAUAGACAUUUUGUUUCAAAGUUAAAAUUGUAUGGUGGGAUAUAUAAGGAGUUUGAGGUGUUGGGGAUAUUUAAAUGUGAAGUGGUUGUCUAUUUGGGUGCCACAAUUAAAUGUGUACGCAUUUCAGUUUAAUUUGCUACUAAUAUCGAUUUCCUAAAUGCUUAAAUUAAACUUGGGCUGCGGCCACAUAUUUCAUUAAGUACAUCAUUUAUUGACUUGAGUAUUUAAUUUAUGUUUAUGAAUUCCUUACUGAAUAGCAAUGUACAGUUAAAUUGGCAUUCUGAAAUGUUACUUUUUACUUCAUUGUGUGUGUGUGUUAGAUUACACAUCAUUGUGAAUUUGGCACAAUCAGUGAGUUUAAAUUGUACAGAUUAGUUUUGCUGCAGUCAGUGUACAUGUUGACAAAUGUAAAUGAGGGAUCUUUAUUUGCUUUAUUCUUUUUUUUCUGUGUCAACAGAACAAGAUUAUUUUAAUUAGAUUGCAUACAAGUGAAGCAGCUUUUUUUCAUGUUAGACACUCAUACUGGGUCAUAAGUCUUCAGUAUUAAAUAAUGGAAACUUUUAAGGUUUUGUGAAGAAAAUGCCAUAUUUUGUUUGGGUUUUAUCAAAGAAUAAAAAAGGUAUUGUUUGAUGUGUUUGGCUCAAGUCUAGAAUUGUUUUUAAAGCUGCCCCUGCCCCCUUGGUCAGGAUUGUUUCAAAGUAUAUCAGCUAUAGUAUGAUGGUUUUUAAUAUCAUGAUUUAAGGAAUCUUCGAUUGCUAUAACAAAAUAUAAUUAACUGAUAAUAAGCAACCAGGAAGAUUCUAGUUAAGUUUUAGCUGGAGUUUGCUUAGAGAAUCUCUGGCGUGCAUCAGCUAUUUGUGUCAGUUUACUGCUAGUUCUAUGUUCUGGGCAAAUACCAUAAAUUACUUCCAGAAAAGCAGCUUUAUAAUUUAAUUCUGGAUUUAGCUAAAAUUAAGAUUAAAUGUAAUUAUUAUUUCUAUGUAUUUUGCUUUCCAAAGUUAAUAAAGUUUUGAAGAAGUUA